GGAAGUGAAGGGAAUAUAAAUGAGAGAGAGAAAAAGACGUGCACAGAUGUCAUAUGACCUCUGCGGCAUCCCUGCACUGUUGCAAAUUCAACUGAACGCUUCUUCCUUUAUUUUUAGUUCGUUGUUUUUGAUUGCAUGAGUGGCACCUUCUCCUGCCCUGUAAAGUCUGGCCGCCCUUCCCUCACAUGGAACUGGUUUUGCAGCUGGAGAUACGGCGAUGCUCCACCUUGGCAGUGAACUGACCACAUCAGAUACUAAAGUCCAGUGCUCUAGGAACCACUGUGCGUGGGAGAAUUUAAAUGGGCAAUAAACCCGUGACAUUCAUUCAAGGCUUAGUGCAGCCAUAACUACAGAUUAACGCGCUGGCUACUUCAUCUUCAUCCUGUCAUCUCUCUGCUGCUUUAUGGGGAAAGCAGGCUGACAUGGUUAUUAAAUCUGGCAGCUGUGUUGUAUGCGCAUGGGAAGCAAGUAGAGCACAGCAUAUAGAAAAUGAGUAGCUUUCAGAUAACAGCCUUCGUUUCACUGCUGCAAGACUUGAAAGGCAGCCUAAAAAGCUCUUUCUCUUCUUUGUAAUCACCAGUCGCUGGAUCAGUGCGCAAAUAUCACAAAUACAGUUGCAAAUCAGUGUGCCGGGUAGAAGGGAACAGGACCCAUAUGUCAGUGGUCUAGGAUGGCCAGUGAAGGCUCCAACAUCCCAAGUCCUGUGGUCCGUCAGAUUGACAAGCAGUUUCUGAUUUGCAGCAUAUGCCUGGACCGCUACAAGAACCCCAAAGUACUUCCCUGCCUGCAUACUUUCUGUGAGAGGUGUUUACAGAAUUACAUUCCAGCCCAUAGCUUAACCCUUUCUUGCCCCGUGUGCCGCCAGACCUCCAUUCUGCCAGAGAAAGGGGUUUCUGCACUCCAGAACAACUUCUUCAUUACCAACCUGAUGGAUGUCCUGCAACGAACGCCGGACAACAGCAUUGAGGAGUCCUCCAUCUUGGAGACUGUCACUGCUGUUGCUGCAGGCAAACCACUCUCCUGCCCCAAUCAUGAUGGAAAUGUGAUGGAGUUUUACUGCCAGUCCUGUGAGACAGCUAUGUGCCGGGAGUGCACAGAGGGAGAACACGCAGAGCAUCCCACGGUACCACUCAAGGAUGUGGUGGAGCAACACAAGGCUUCCCUCCAAGUCCAGUUGGAUGCUGUCAAUAAAAGGCUUCCAGAGAUCGACUCAGCACUUCAUUUUAUAUCUGAAAUCAUACACCAGUUAACCAACCAAAAGGCUAGCAUUGUAGAUGACAUUCAUUCCACUUUUGAUGAACUCCAGAAGACUUUAAAUGUGCGAAAGAGCGUGCUGCUCAUGGAACUGGAAGUGAAUUAUGGCCUUAAACACAAAGUCCUCCAGACGCAGCUGGACACCUUACUUGAAGGACAAGAAAGCAUUAAAAGUUGCAGCAACUUCACAGCCCAGGCCCUCAACCAUGGCACUGAAACCGAAGUGCUGCUGGUGAAGAAGCAAAUGAGUGACAAGCUGAACGAACUGGCCGAGCGGGACUUCCCACUGCAGCCCCGUGAAAAUGAUCAGUUGGACUUCAUAGUGGAAACAGAAGGCCUCAAGAAGUCCAUUCACAAUCUGGGUACUAUUUUAACCACCAAUGCUGUUGCCUCUGAAACAGUUGCCACAGGUGAGGGACUGAGGCAGACAGUGAUUGGACAGCCCAUGUCCGUCACCAUCACAACCAAGGACAAAGAUGGGGAGCUCUGUAAAUCUGGGAAUGCUUACCUCACUGCUGAACUGAGCACGCCUGAUGGGAGCGUAGCAGAUGGAGAAAUACUUGACAACAAAAAUGGCACUUACGAGUUUUUGUAUACUGUUCAGAAAGAAGGGGACUUCACUUUGUCUCUGAGACUUUACGAUCAACACAUCAAGGGCAGCCCGUUCAAACUUAAAGUGGUCAGAUCAGCAGAUGUGUCCCCUACCACUGAAGGGGUUAAGAGGCGUGUUAAAUCUCCUGGCAGCGGUCAUGUGAAGCAGAAAGCUGUGAAAAGACCUGCAAGCAUGUACAGCACUGGCAAAAGAAAAGAGAAUCCCAUUGAAGAUGAUUUGAUCUUCAGAGUAGGCACCAAAGGAAGAAACAAAGGGGAAUUUACAAAUCUUCAAGGUGUAGCUGCAUCUACAAAUGGAAAAAUAUUAAUAGCAGAUAGUAACAACCAGUGUGUGCAGAUAUUUUCCAAUGAUGGUCAGUUCAAAAGCCGUUUUGGCAUACGAGGAAGGUCUCCUGGCCAGCUGCAGCGGCCAACAGGAGUGGCCGUGCAUCCCAGUGGUGACAUCAUUAUUGCAGACUAUGAUAACAAAUGGGUUAGCAUAUUCUCAUCAGAUGGAAAAUUUAAGGCCAAAAUCGGGUCUGGAAAGCUCAUGGGCCCUAAAGGUGUUUCAGUGGAUCGUAAUGGACACAUCAUUGUAGUGGACAAUAAAGCAUGCUGCGUCUUCAUCUUCCAGCCAAAUGGGAAAAUAGUCACCAGGUUCGGUAGUCGAGGAAAUGGUGACAAGCAGUUUGCAGGUACACUUGAUGGUCCUCAUUUUGCAGCUGUAAACAGCAACAAUGAAAUCAUCAUUACAGAUUUUCAUAACCAUUCUGUCAAGGUAUUUAACCAGGAGGGAGAAUUCAUGCUGAAGUUUGGAUCAAAUGGAGAAGGAAAUGGACAGUUUAAUGCACCAACUGGAGUAGCUGUAGAUUCAAAUGGAAAUAUUAUUGUAGCAGAUUGGGGAAACAGCCGAAUACAGGUUUUUGAUGGAAGCGGAUCAUUUCUGUCCUACAUUAACACCUCUGCUGACCCACUUUAUGGUCCCCAAGGUCUGGCCCUUACUUCAGAUGGCCACGUCGUAGUUGCAGACUCUGGAAAUCACUGCUUCAAGGUCUAUCGAUACUUACAGUAGCAAUGAGCUCUGGAGCUGGAUAAUCACCCAUCCUUCAGAAAAGACUUGUCCUGGAGAUCCAGUGCAGGAUAUCUCCUACUUUGAGUUCAUUUUUAAUAAUGAAGGAGUCUCUUAUGGACUUCUUGUGAUAAUUUCCAAACUUGCUUUGUUUACAUAGGACUUGCACCUCUUAUGUUUCUCACUGAACUUUUUGUUGCAAGGGUUAAUAUAAAGAGUCUUCUUUCACUGAAUUCAUAAAGACAAUGUGAAAUUAAACAGAAACUGCAACCUAUGGAACUGGAAUUAACUGAUUAGGCAAAAAUGAGAAAAGUUUGGGAAAAGGCCCCAAAGCUUUUUGAUGACUGCAAAGGGUAGCUCCUGUUCAGAGCUUCCAAAUUUAAAGAAGUAUCAUUCUUAUGCAUUAUUUAACCCAGAGGUGAUCCUGGGAAUCUUCCAGAUUUCAUUAUCAUGGUAGGUAUUAACUACACUUUAAACAUUCUUCAGUCUUACUAUCUAUAACAAGUAGGUCCUUUAUUAGUAUAAGGUUAAGUCUCACAAAAUCCGUCUAGCUCUAACUGUCAGACCUAACACAGCUCAACGUUUAGCACUAUGAGAAUCAAUGCAAAUUCCCUACUCAUGUGGAAUUAAUGAAGGAUUGUUUUGUAUGCUUGUUUUUCACUCUUCCUCUUGCUCAGUGUGCAGGAAGGACUUUGCAGAGACCUGACAUUUCUAAAGCUCUGGAAAAACUUAAUUGUAGCGAUACGUUAGUGGGAACGGAAUUUCUGUGUAAUGACAGACCUUUUGACACCAAACUAGUUCAUUAGGAUCAGGGUUAUUACAAUGUCAACUCAAUUAACCUCAUGUGUGCCACUCUUUCGUAUGUGUUCAUUGCCAUGUUUCCUUACGGCAACUCAUUGUAUUAACCAGUAAAAUAAAAUGCAGCAUCACGCAGGACCGAAAGCCAGAGAGGUACCCCUGUGGAGGACCUACAUUGUACAACCAAAGGAACUGUGGAAAACAGAGGUUGUAUAGGAAAGCCAAGGGUUACCAAAGCUAUUUGUUUUUAUGUGAGAAAAAAAUACAAAUAAGAAUGAAUUUGAACCAAUUCCUGAAGUCCUUCAUCAAAGGGAAUUUUGUUAGAGGACAAAAUAAGGACUGUGAGAUUUGUUCCAAUUUGUUUGUAUGUAGGUAUGUAUGUAUGUAUGUAUGACUGAUUGACAUAAAAAUAAAAAAAAAAGUAAAUGUGGGUUAUUUCAGCAAUCUGGAACGUAUGUAUGACAUUUGACAAUGGCAGUACUCUGAAAAAUGUCCCUCUUUCUUCUGCCAGAUCUCUCUAAUGUGUUCUUUGUUGAAGUAUUAAUUUAAUUGGAAAUGCUUACAGUCAUGGUUCUGUUUUUAAUGUUUGGUUUGUUGAGGUUUUUUUAAGUGUGAACUUGUCCUUUUUAAAAUAGCAUUUGCUUUACUCUUACUUCUAAAUCCAAUGGCCAAGGGAUAAAUUGCUACUGUAGCCUAAUGUAGAUAGAGUGGUGUUCCCUCUUAAAUCUCAUUUGAGAAGCUGGUGAGCUUGCUGCCAAUGCCUGUAAUGGCCUGGGAAGUGCUGUCUUUCAUUUCUCAUUUUUAAGCCUCGAAUCAAAAGGGCGUUGGGUCAGAAACGAGGGAGUAUUUUAAGCAUGUCUUCAAAAUGCAAAGAAAUCUUUGAUAAAAUUACAUGUUAAAAGUAUUUGUCUUAUUUCUAAAAGGUUAAAGUGGUUGUUUCAAUGAAUUUGAGAAAACUAAUGGUUUUUUUGUAAAGUUGCAUUUAACUUGUAAAAAUGCAGACCCCAAGGUUCUUAAAUGGGGAGCUUGUCUGGUUUUUAAUUACUUUUUUCUUAAAGAUAUUUCCUCCUCUUUCCCUUGUUUAUUUUUUGCACAGAGAGCCAAUUUACAAAUUUUCAUGCAAGUAUAGGUUUCCUUACUUCAGUGGAAUAAAUAUUUUGUGCAUGAAGCUUAAGGUUGGACUGUACAAUGCAGCUAAGAAACUGGUGGUAACAUUUAUGGAAUAUUAAAACUCACGUUUGUAUUACCAAGAGAACGAAAUAUUCUCUGCUUGAACUGAGUUUCUCCUAAAAUUCUGAAGAUGGUAUCUCAGUCAUUACACAAUAAACUGUCCUAUCAAAAUUUAACGGAGUUGUAGAUCAGAUUUUCAUUCUAAGUGUCCUUAUAAGCACCCUUCUGGUAAACAAACAAUUUCUGAUAUUGGAAGGUUUUUAACUGGCUCAUUUAUCAAUGAAGACAAGGUGCAUAGCAUUUUAACUUUAUUUAUUAACGAAGAGAAGGAGUUGCACAGAUUCUAUGAGAUAAAAAGGAGAAAAUGAAAAAUGUGCUGUUGCUGUCAGUUAUCUUAUCUAGUUCCGAAUAUGGAUUUUUAUAAUACAGUGUUACUAAACUUGCAUGUUUACCCCUCAGAAAACAUUGCCAAAUCCUCUGUUGUCAGGAAGUUUGAGAAGCAUAGGAAUCAGAUCCUAACCUAUAUAUCAAAACAUAUACUUAAUACCAUACUAUUUCAUGUACACACUUUUCUUCAAAAGCUUUUCAGUCCCUUUGGUCCAGCAUGGUUUACCAUGAUUUUAUAUAAUCCUUGUCAACCCAGUCCAUCCUGAUGAAAUAUGGAAUUCUGCACACAACCCCCUUACAACCCAGCUAAAAGCUAAUAGAGAUUUUGUGGACUUUUUUUCUUACAAUUGAGUAGUCCUUUUUCAGGACUUUUAGACAUUAUCACCAGAGAAGCACCUGGAAAAUGUCACUAAUUUCGAGUUCCUUCUGAUAGCAAAUGCAGCCAAUUACGAUUUCACAUUCAGUGGCAUUCCCUUCCAAGGUCUGACCUUAUCUGCCUGGCACUGGGACGCUCAGAAGCACAUUGCUUUUACAGUGUGCUUCUGAAGCCAAUUUCACUAAAAUGCUUGGCUUACAAACCUUACAAAGAGCAACCAAAGCAGAAAUUCUGUACUAAAAAACUGGCAGAUUUUUUUCUCAUCCAAUUAAGGGAACGUCAGAAUUGCACUAUGUGAUUUGCUGAGUUGUUAGCAUUUAUUAAAGGCUUUAUAGGCACGCUGCUGCCAGACUUCAGGUAUAACCAAAUGUUCCCUUGCUUUCCCUGGAAUGCUAAUUGACUAGCAGCACAGCAUGAAUGGUGAAAGUAUGUGCUUCAUUUAACUAAUCUUCAACUCAAAAGUAAUCUCAAAAGGUUAUUAGAUCUCAUGUCAUUUGGAGCAUUUUAGGACAAACUAGCCAACUGUAUUUUCGUUGUUUUGCGAAUAGAAUAAAAUAAAAGGACCUGUUCAGAUAAAUCCAAUAUAAGCAGUAGGAGAUUUUUACAUAGACUAAACCAGCACCAAUGUAGCUGAAAAAGAAACUGAAAAUGGUUUAAGCAAGCAUUUGCCUAAUGAAGGUGGACAGUUAUUUAUUAGCAAGUGCUCAUCUGCUCUGUAAAAGAUAGAGGGCUUUUGAUUUUAUGUCGAUAUUUUUUAUAACUAAGGAUCUAGUGUUGCCAUGAGAACUAUAAGUGCCCAAUAUGUUCUGUUUGUUAAAAAGAAAUGACUUUCAGUUGUGGGAGACAGCUCGUUAUGAAAUCAUGAUGUACAUGGAAAAUUUUCUUCAUGAAUUGUGAGCAGUGAUUAUUUGACCUGUUUGUGGAAACUGUGGGGAAGGUAUUUGUGCUACAGAGGGGUAAGAUUCCUAACAGGUCCUGUUACUUCUGACAGAUGUACAGCACUUCAGUUGAUGUUUGUGAGCAACACAGCCUUAACCCUAACACUUUUGCUUUGGCUUUAUGACAUGGGAAUGUUCCCCAAGAUGCAUAGUGCAGCAGCCCCUGUUUGAAAUCUCAACCAGUUGAUAUGCUGCAGCUUUCCAGUUCUAGGAGUGAGUGGGUUUUUUUUCUUUUUUUUUCUUUUUUUCUUUUUUUUUUUUUAAAGUUUUGUACAUUCCAUCUUUGUAAGUCAAUCUCAUAUGUUUUGUGUAUAUGUAAACCUUGCACUCUCUUGAAACUCAUAAUGAAAUAUUCUUCUCACUUGUUUUUUGUUGUUGUUGUUGGUUUUGGUUCAUUUUUUUUAAUCCCUAUGAGGCUAAAUACAAACGUUUUCUCCUUAAGGUCAAGGAUGAAAGAUGUGCAUCAAAGUGUUUGUGUGUGUGUGUGUAGUUUUAGCUUCCUGUGUGCCACAGUAUUCUUGAUGCUUUAGCCGACGAUUAAAAAAAAAUUACUCUGUCUUGGAAAUGUAGGAAAACCAGAGUCAAAUGUGUACCUUUACCACGCACAAAAAUUUCAAAUAAUAAUAAUAAAGCUUGUUUCCUCUGUUA